AUGGACUAUCGCCAUUACGUCAUAGUCCGUAACGACUUAACUAAGUACUCAACUGGGGCAUUGAUUGCACAAGGCAUUCAUAGCACGCUUUAUGCCUUCAGCACUCUUACAACACCAGCCAGUCUUUCUUAUUUAAAGCAUCCUGAGCAAAUGACUACUAUAGUUUUGCAAUGCACACUUGCGCAAAUACAAGAACUAGCUAAGCAGCUAGAGGAGCAAAAAGUACCCCACCGUCUUUGGAUUGAGCAGCCGGAGAACGAACCGACUUCUCUUUCUCUUCUUCCUAUUUCACCUUCCGAUCCCAUCUGUCGCCUGCUCAAGAAGUAUCCGCUUUACAAGUAA